AUGUCUGUACUCCUCGAAACCAGCGCCGGUGACAUCGUCAUCGACCUGUUGGUCGACUACGCGCCUAAACUCUGCGAAAACUUUCUCAAGCUCUGCAAACUAAAAUACUACAACUUCUCCCCAAUCCACUCCAUCCAGCCCAACUACUCCUUCCAAACCGGCGACCCCUUAGGUCCCUUAUCUCCUCACUCCGAUGGCGGCACCUCUGUUUGGGGCUUACUUUCGGGUUCUCCGGCCGACAAAACCUUCCCGGCCUUCUUCCAUCCCAAGCUGAAGCACCGCGAGAGGGGGACGGUUAGCAUGGCUACUGUGCCCGAUCCAAAGGACCCUGAUGUGAGACUCGCGGCGAGUCAGUUUUUGAUUACGUUGGGGGAUAACACCGAGAGUUUGGAUGGGAGAGCGGCUGUGUUUGGGAAGGUUGCUGAGGGGUUUGACACGUUAGAGAAAAUCAAUAAUGCCAUUGUCGAUGAGAAGGGGCAUCCUUUGGUGGAUAUACGAAUCAAACAUACCUUCGUGCUGGACGAUCCGUACCCUGAUCCCGUGGAGCUGGGGUUCAGAGAACCCAGUAAAAGUCCGGAGCCUACAAAAGAGCAGUUAGCAACGGUUCGGAUUGCGGAGGACGAGGAGCUGGUGGACGCCGAAGCGGAUGAGAAGGCGGCGGAGGAGGCGGAGCGGAGGAAGAGGGAGCGUGAGGCGGCCGCGCAGGCGCUCACGCUCGAGAUGAUUGGCGAUCUGCCGUUUGCGGAGGUCAAGCCGCCGGAGAAUGUGCUUUUUGUCUGCAAGCUGAACCCGGUGACGACGGAUGAGGAUCUGGAGUUGAUUUUCAGCCGGUUUGGGAAGAUUUUGAGUUGCGAGGUGAUUCGUGACCGCAAGACGGGGGAUAGUUUGCAGUAUGCGUUUAUCGAGUUUGAGGACAAGAAGAGCUGCGAGGAGGCGUAUUUUAAGAUGGAUGGGGUGUUGAUUGACGAUCGGAGGAUUCAUGUCGAUUUUAGUCAGAGUGUGGCGAGGUUGAGUGAGGUUUGGCGGAGAGAGGAGAAUGAGAAGCGACGGAGGGCGGCUGCUAAGAAGGCUGGGGGUUCUGGCGGGGGGUGGGGGGGUAUUAAGGAACUGGAGAAGUGGCGGAAGUAUAGGAAUGAGGAAGUUGAAGAGGAUGAGGGAAGGGGAUAUAGGAUGGUGCAUGAUGUGGAGGAGUUUAGGAGGAAGGGGGAAAAAGAAAGGAAGGAGAGGAGUAGGAGUAGGAGUAGGAGUCGGAGGGAAAGGUCGAAAGAGAGGAGUCCCCCUCGACGGAGGAGUAGGACGCCGAGAAGGGGGAGUCGGAGUCCAAGAAGGGAUCGGGGACGGGAUCGGGAUAGGUACGGACGGGAUAGAGACAGAGAGCGGGAUCGGGAUAAUAGGAAUCCGGAUAGGGAUAGGGAGAGGGAUAGGAACCAUGACCGUGACCGGGGCUAUCACCGCCGGGACAGGUCAAGAGACAGAGGACGGGAUCGGGAUCGGGAGCGGUACCGGCGUGAUGACAGAAGGUGA